UGGGUGUCUCAGUUUUCACCGGGGCGUUCCCUGGGAGCAGCUGGGAGCACAGACCUGACAUCUGGGGGGAAAGCAGAUCCUCAGCAUUAACCCUGCACCCAUGAUGGAGCCACCCCUUCAGUGCCAGCUCCUCUUGGUCAAAGGCUUGGGGACACCACCAAACAAUGACACUUGGAGGGCGCUGGCACCACACACUUCCAGCCACUGCCUUCUCAGUGUGCUCAGCCCAGCCUGCUCUAGACUUCCACCCUUUGAUCCAGCAGCUCUCCAGGCAGCCCCAGGAGGCUGCUCCUGGUUGGAAGCAGUGUGAUCCUGGUCUGACAGUCUCUCUGAUUCCUCCCAGAUGGAGCCAGCAGAGGAACAAGAUGCAGGAAACCACACCCUGCUGGGUGGAUUCAUCCUCUCUGGGUUGUCCAGCCGCCCAGAACUCCAGCACCUGCUGUUCUUCACAAUCUGCUUCGUUUACAGCAUGACUCUCAUCGGGAACCUCCUCAUCUGCAUGGCCACAGCUCACCCCACCCUCCACACGCCCAUGUAUUUCUUCCUCCGCGUCCUGUCCAUCCUGGAUAUUUCCACAGCCUCAGUGGUGGUCCCCAAGAUGCUGGUGAGCACCCUGUCAGAGGACAGGAGCAUCUCCUACCUGGGCUGUGUCACACAGCUCUACUGUGUGGUUUUCUUGGCGUCCACUGAGUGGUACCUGCUGGCAGCCAUGGCCUACGACCGCUACGUGGCCGUGUGCCGCCCGCUGAGGUACCCGGCCAUCAUGAGCACCAGGGCUUGCCUCUCCAUGGUGCUGCUCUGCUGCUGCAGUGGCCAGGUGGUGUCGGUGGUGCAGACAGCCUGGGUGUUCACCCUGCCCUUCUGUGGGCCCAGGAGCAUCAACUACUUCUUCUGUGACAUCCCGCCGCUGGUGCUGCUCUCGUGCGCGGACACGUCGCGCUACGAGCGCCAGCUGAUCUCGGCCACCGUGCUCGUCAUCUUCACGCCCUUCUGCCUCAUCCUGCUGUCCUACACCUGCAUCGUCUCCAGCAUCCUGAGGAUCUCCUCUGCAGAGGGCAGGCACAAGACCUUCUCCACCUGUUCCUCGCACCUUACCGUGGUAACGUUGUACUGCGCCAGCGGGACUUUGAUUUACUUGCAGCCAAAAUCCAGUGAUUCACAGGAGGCUAAGAAAGUCCUGGCUCUCAUAUAUACAGCUGUAAUUCCCACUUUAAACCCCCUCAUUUACAGCCUGAGAAAUAAAGAAGUCAAAGAAGUACUAAUCAGGGGGAUGGCUGUGUUGAUGAAGAAAUAA